CAUGGAAAUGGAGAGUGUGUUUCUGAAUCAUGCCAUUUUUUUCCUGGAUUUCUGGGCCUUGAUUGUUCAAGCGCCAGCCCAGUAUUGUGUAGUGGCAAUGGGCAGUAUUCCAAAGGACACUGUCUCUGUUUCAGCGGUUGGAAGGGUACAGAGUGUGAUGUGCCUGCCACCCAGUGUACUGAUCUUCAAUGUGGGGGCCGUGGGGUCUGUAUCAUGGGUUCUUGUGCCUGCAACUCUGGGUACAAAGGAGAAAACUGUGAAGAAGCUGAUUACUUAGACCCAGCCUGUUCCAGUCAUGGUGUGUGUGUCCAUGGAAGGUGCCACUGUAAUUCAGAAUGGUGUGGUAGUAACUGUGAAAUGCUGAAGACAAUGUGUCCAGACCAGUGCUCUGGUCAUGGGAUGUACCUUCAAGAAAGUGAUACCUGCACUUGUGACCCUAAUUGGACAGGUGUAGAUUGCUCAAAUGAAAUCUGUUCUGUGGACUGUGGCUCUCAUGGUGUUUGCAUGGGUGGAACGUGUCAUUGCGAAAAAGGUUGGACUGGACCAGCCUGCAAUCAAAGAGCCUACCACCCUCGCUGUGCUGAACAUGGAACCUGUGAAUGUAGCCAGAGGCGGAAUGGCAAGCGUUCUGCUGUCUUGGCUAAACCAGUUGUUGAGCGACAUGUAACGGCAGUUUGGGGGAAGAAUGUCACCCUGAAAUGCAUUAUUGAAAUAAGUGGAACAAUAAUACAAAUCUCAUGGGAGAAGAAACAUGGUAAAAGUAAACAGACCAUUGCUGUUGUUCAUCCUGAAGAUGGGUUUGCUGCUCAAGGAGAAUACCAAGGAAGAGUGUCACUUAAGAACCACUCACUUACUGACGCAACCAUCAUCCUACACAAUAUCAACUUCUCUGAUUCAGGAGAAUAUGUAUGCAAAGCAGUUACAUUCCCACUAGGAAAUGCUGAGUCAUCAACGACUGUAACUGUAUUGGUUGAACCGACUGUGAGCCUAACAAAGGGACCAAACUCUUUAAUAGAUGGUGAAAAUAAAAAAAUAGCAGCCAUUUGUACAGCAGCCACUGAAAAACCUGGUGCAGAUAUUGAGUGGGAAGGAGGUUUUGGAGAAGUGGAAUCCAUUUCUACUUUAUUUCCAAAUGAAACCGUGACAGUUGUUGCUCGGUACAAAGUCAUACCCACCAAAUUUGCUACAGGAAGACGCGUAACUUGUGUUGUGAGGCAUCCAGCUUUGGAAAAGGAACUGAGAUAUCCUUACACAUUGGACAUACUAUAUGCCCCUGAAGUUUCAAUAACUGGGUAUGAUGGAAACUGGUUCUUUGGAAGAGAACGUGUUCGGCUCCGGUGUAAUGCUAACGCAAAUCCACCACCCACAGACUUUACAUGGACCAGGUGAGUGGAUGGGCAAUGGCCUGAAGGUUUAAUGUCUUCAAAUAAUACUUUGCAUUUCAACCAUCCAUUGACUUACAAUUAUGCUGGGACUUCCGUCUGUAAAGUGACCAAUUCGCUUGGACAAGCAAGUGAUCAAAAGACGAUCUACAUUUUAGAUCCUCCUACUGCUACUACACGACCACCCAUGCUUCCAUUGCAUCCUUCAACUGAUGGCAUCAGAGCCUUAACAACAGAACCAGAACUAAUGCAUUUUCCAACAUCAACCUUUUCUUCCUUUAUUGCUGGCAAUCAGGGUACCAUCAUCGCUAAUGCAGUGUGUGGAGCUCUUUUUCUGAUACUUGUAAGUGUUUUGGUUGGAGUUAUCUGCUAUAGGAGAAGAUGGACAGUCUGUGGUUACUACUUUGCUAGGAACUACAUUCCGCCAUCAGAUAUGCAAGAAGAGUCCCAAAUAGAUGUUCUCCAUUCAGAUGAUGUGGGCUCUCAUCCUGACAGCAUAAAAAAAGAAAUAAAACAUCCAGUGAACAGUCCAACAUCAAAAGAUUUAGAAGGCCAUCUGGAAGACAAUCCAGAAUGGAACAAUUUAGUCAAUACUAACAGAUCACAUGAAGGGUAUGAAAGACCAAUGGAAGACAGAACACUGGGAAGGAAGGACAUGGGUGGUGAAUGUUACAAUGACAAUGAAGACGACAAUCCAGAAUGGAAACAUUUAGUCAGUUUUAAGAGAUUCAAAAAACUGUAUGAAAGACCAUUGGAUUAUUAUGAAGGAGGAACACUGAGAAGAAAGGACAAGGGUGGUGAAUGUUAUGAUGACAAUGGAGAAGACUUUGUGUUACAUGGAGAUGGCUCAAUAGAAUCCCGGAGGGAACUGUAUGUGUAG